AUGCGCUGGAAGAAGCUUAUUGUCCGCAACCUCCCGUUCGACGCGACCCGCGCCGAGGCCGUCGGUCUCUGCGGCCUCACGGAGGUCCAGGCGGCGUGCCCGGCCUUCUACCGCUUCGAGGCCGGCAAGCCGACCAAGAAUGGCAUGCCCGCGAUGCCCGCCCGCUUGUACCUGCAGUUUCGAAAGGACCCCGAUGAGCUGCUCAAGGUACUCGCAGCGCUCAAUGGCAAGGCCGUCGAAAGCAGCAGUGGCGUCGCGGCCGUGCUCGAGGCUGCGGUCGCGCCGAACCAAAAACUGCCCCGCGAGAAGCGGCGCCGCGACAACAAGGUCAACACGUACGAGCGCGACCCUGAGUUUGUCGUCUUUCUCGAGGAGCUCGAGAACCCGACGGUGCCGGAGCCGAUGGUUGGCGACGGCGACGACGCUGAGGCCAAGCCUGUGCCCGCCCUCGUCAAGUUUCUGAACGAGCGCCGCAGCAAAGCCAAGGUACUCAUUCCUCAUGACGCACAAGACAUCCAUCCUCAUACGUGGGGUGUCUCAUAG